AUGGCCGAGAGCACUGAAACUUGUAUCUACACCCAGGUUUUUGUUCGUGGCGCCAACAUCAUUCGUCUUGGGGUCAUGGUGCGCGUCACAUUUUCUGCCGUGCGGACUAGACAGCUCGUCAACUGGUCCGCAUCUGAGCGACUUGUUCCCGGCACGGUCGUGGCACUCUCACCUGUCCCAGACAACUUCGAAAAAGGAUGCAUUGUCGCUGUUGUGACGGGUCGCUAUGACGAGGCUAUUGACAGCCCAGAAACGCCGCCUCCGCUGGACUUGGAAAUUCGCGAUCCUGAAGUUGCCGCAAGCAUCAUGGAGCCUGAUCAAGAAUAUGUCAUGAUCGAGGCCCGCUCCAAUUACUUUGAAGCGGUUCGAUAUGUCAUGGAAGGUCUGAAGCAGGCAUCGAAAGAAGAGUCACCAUUUGACAAGUAUCUGACGAAGGGGGCAAAACCUGUUGAAAGACCUGCCUGCUUGUCUCGAGACCGAUCUUUGCUGGAUAUUUCAUCACUUUACCAUGGUGUCGAUGCCAACAUUGAGCGUCUUAACAUUCCCACCCAAGGAGAAAUACCCGAGCACAUCGAGAACAAGACUGGUCUUGACGGAUCGCAGCUCAUGGCUCUACAAAGCAUGAUCACUAAGGAGCUCUCUAUCAUUCAAGGCCCCCCUGGGACUGGCAAAACACACACAUCCAUGGCGGCACUGAAGGUUUUGCUCAGCACACAGCCGGUCAAUGUCCCAAUCAUCAUAACCGCCCAAAAGAAUGAUACUGUCAAUGAGCUGCUGUCGCGCUGCCAUAAGCAAGGUGUCAACUUCAUCCGUCUUGGUGGCCAGGCCAAAGAUGACGCGGUUUUCCAGCGUACCUUGUUCAAUCUCAGGGCGAUACAUCGAGACAAAGCACGGCGAAGUGAUCAGUUUCAGAAACGGCUUGACUUUCUCAAGUCCCAGGCCAAGAUUCUUCUCCAGCGUUGUUUUCCUCCUUUUCGCCAGCAGCUCAUACUUCCUGAACAUCUACAGGUGGUUGGUUUGAUCACAUUGCGACAGUGUGCCUCCAUCAUGGUUAAUUGGACUGGGUCUCUGAACACCAUUGCUGGCGAGGUGUCACGCCAUCCAUUCGGUCCUUGGCUAGGGAAUGAGACGCUCGCAAUAAAGCCACAUCAGAGCAUCCAUGUGCCCUUCAUAUCCGAUAACGGUGCCGGGGGGGUUCUUGGCUCCGAAGAGGGCGAGCACAACUUUUACACGAAUGUGAGAAAGGAACAACUCUCGGGGAAACCCAUAUUGAUAUCUCACUGGCAUACGAUGAAGAUUCCCAAGAGCGCCGACAACAACAGCGAAGCUAUUGUCCGGAGACUACUGGCCAACCACGACAGUCUCUGGAAUAUUCCCACCCAUUAUCGCGGAAUGGUCUAUCAAUACCUGGAACAACGCUACAUUGCUUCCACUCGAUUGGCUCUGACGAGAGUAUUUGAGAAGAUCAACGAUAUUACCCGAGAAUUGAAGGUAGUCAGAUGGCAGGAAGACAUUGAAACCAUCAAAGAAUCGGGGGCUCGUAUAAUCGGAUGUACCACGACUGGCCUCACCAAGUACCGUGGUCUCAUCGCAGCUAUGCAGCCCCGGGUCAUGAUGAUUGAGGAAGCCGCAGAGACCCGGGAGGCGAAUAUCACCGCUGCACUAUUUCCAACUUUGCAGCAGAUAAUACUUGUCGGCGACCACAUGCAGCUCGCACCUCAUGCGGACGUGUUAGAGCUCAGUAAACCUCCUUUCAACCUCAAUGUGUCUCUGUUCCAGAGGCUGGUAGAAGGGGGGGUAGAGUAUUCAAGCCUUCAAAUCCAAAGACGAAUGGCACCGGAAAUCCGCAGACUUCUCAGUGGCUGGUACCCGCUCCUGGUCGACCACGAUUGCACUCGGGCCCAGGAUGCGGUCCCGGGGAUGGGGUCACGACGCUUACUGUGGUUUGACCACCAGGAACCUGAGUCGGCCAACCGCUACGCCAGCAAAUUCAACACGUUCGAGGCCGGCAUGGUCGUUGGGCUCUACGAACAUCUGGUGUCCAACGGGACUAAGCCAUCGGAUAUCACUGUCUUGACCUUCUACAGUGGCCAAAAGACUUACAUCGAGAAUGCUCUUCGCCGGAAGUGCCAGCUUCCUGGGCGUCAAAGCACGGAUGGCUACGAGCAGGCCGGCCCCGAAGUACAGACGGUGGAUGGAUAUCAAGGCAAGGAGAACGAAGUGAUACUCAUUUCGGUCACUCGCAGCCCCGAAGACCGCAGAAAGCCGGAUGCCGGUUUUGUGAAAGACCUGCGGCGAGCCAUCGUCGCCCUCAGCCGACCACGUCGCCUUCUCGUGGUGCUUGGAAAUGCUAAGAACCUCGCCCUAUCAUCAGCUCGACACAUCUGGGGCGGGGUCCUGGACAAGAUAGGCGGUUGGCGAACUGAAUACAUUCCCAUUUUCUGUGAGGCGCAUGGCACAGAGAUCCACAUCAGCAAACCAGAUGAGUGGGAGAAGCUCGCAAAGGUCCCUGCAGAGAGCUAG